UUAGAUGGAAAACGUAACAAUCACUCAUUUUCCUGUGUCCUUAUCCAGGUUUUCAUCGUCCUGUCCGCCAUAAUGGCAAUCGCUCUUUGCAACGUCCCAGAAGAUGCAAACAAGAAGGAUAAACGCGGCAUCGUUGAGCUGAACAAUGGUUACGAGCAGUAUUACGGUGGACAUGAUCAGUACUACGGAAACGAUUACCACCAGCAGGUGACGAACCACGUCACAGUGACAAAGAAGGUCGCCGUGCCGUAUCCGGUAGCCGUCGAGAAGCGGGUUCCGGUCGCUGUGAAGGUUCCAGUCCCGGUGCACGUAGAAAAGCAGGUCCCGGUUGUUGUGGAGAAGAAGGUCCCGGUGUACAUUGAGAAGAAGGUUCCGGUGCAUGUCGACCGUCCCUAUCCCGUGCCAGUGAAGGUUCCGGUGAAGGUUCCCGUGUACCAUAAGCAGGUGGUGGAGGUUCCCAAGCCAUACCCAGUGCCGGUCGAGAAGGCUUAUCCGGUGUACGUGAAGGAACCACAUUACGUCCACAAGACGGUUUCGUCGCCUGUGUACGAGCACGAAUCCACUGUUUACAGCAGCCCGGUCUCCUACGAGCAUAAAGCACUAUGGGGUUAAUCACACGAAUUAUGGUCAUAAAGAACUGUUUUGAUCGCUUUUAUCAACCACUACGCAACGAAUGGAUGGAAUAUAUUUUUAUGUACAUAACCCAACAACCUAAAUCUGAUAAGUAUGUGCAAAUUACAUUAUUCACACACGCACGAACGAAAACGUCAAUAGUAAUAAUCUCGAAUGGUCGAAUUUAACUGGAUUUACAAUCAAAUGACGUCUGAUUUUGUAGUAUAUGUUUAACUGUCCCAAGUAUGGGCUGAUGAUGGGCAUAUCGGUACUAUGCUGACCCAUAUUUACCAUAGCAAUUUAGAAAAUUUCACAUUCUUGACACGUUUUCCCUUUUCUCAUAAAUCGAUAAAAUUCGCAUGGUAUCCUUAUCAUUCCUUUUAUUCCUUUGCAUGACGUUGAUAAGGUCAUGAAAGAGGAAAAAACAAAGGUUUAUCCUUACUGUUUCGUUAGAAGCAGUUUUGUAAUUCAAUUAUUUGCUUCAAGCUGCUUUUUGUUUACCUGCGACACUCAUAUCCUCUUAUCUCAUAUCUCAUAAAUAUAAAAAAAACCACUCAAACAUUUCGAUUUCAUUUUCGGUCCACUUCCGAAUGAAUCAGCGUGUAAAAUGAAAAAAAAAUAGAACGCUCUGGUUCAGUUCACGACCGUCGCAUACAUUAAAAGUGCCUUCCGUCUAGGAAUUUUCGUUUUCGUGCGUCUUAUCUUUCGAAGCGUUGUUUGUACCUUUUCGCUUCCCUUUCGUCGUCGUCAUCCUCAACCGGUAUACACACACUAGAACCAUCAAUGUUGCGCUCAGUGCUCCCCAAAUAGAAUAUCAAUCAGCCGACAGUUACCGAAAAAGGGAUGAAACAAUCGCGUUUCAGUUGUGAAUUUAGCCAUCCGAUACGUGAUCGGUGCGAAUCAAUGGCCACACACUGUGAAAAACGCCAAGGGUUUUUUGCAUAAUUUGUAGAAAUAGAAAGGGAUAGUUGCUUAUUUAUUUAUUUUGUUGGUGCUUGAGAUUUCUUCAGGAAAAACAUUGAAUUUCCCAGUCUCCCUGAUCUAGACAGACAGUCCUGCGGACAGACACAAAAGUCUUCACAAUUAACAUUAUCUUGCUCUCUUUUAAAACGAAAUCUGAUUUUACUGCAGUUUUACCUAGAAUUUAAUGGAUUACAAAAUCUAUUUUUACCUCUUCAUAGUCAUAUAGUCAGUUAUUACUAUUAGGAACCGGUCUAUGUGAGACUCGAUCAACGAUCUUUGAUGUACUGAACCGAACAUUCAAAAGCUGCAAUACUUUUUGUUUUUUUAAUUAUAUCAAUUCCACACUGAUAUUCAACAUUACACAAACAUUAUACACACUUGAAGGUGUUUCUGAACUGCAAGAACGAUCGAUCACCGUACACCGGAUUCGCUUGGAAUCGAACCAAUACGUGAGCGGAAUCAGUUAACUGUACAGGGUGCUAAAUAUGCUAACAGACCUGAAAAACACGUACGUAAAGUAUCUCGGCUUAAGUUCUAAGUCAAAUUGUCACAACUUCACCGCAAGGUCAAACCAAAAACGUACAGCGUGUUUUACGCGAACACAUUAGCUAAGUACAAGUUGUUUGUACUAGUUCCAAUCAUCAUCAUCAUCAUCAUCAUAAUCAUCGUUAUUAUUUGUCAUCAUCGGCGUCUACGUUAGAGGACUUUGUCUGAGGAGCUAGAGUAGCUAAUCUUCCCCUUGGGGUGAGUCACAACGCUAGCAAACACCUGCACUAUGGGACAAUCUGCUGAUGAAACAAACUUUUAUUUCCUUUAAGAUGAAAUUUUAAUUUCCUUUAUUACUCCUCUCACAUUGGAUAAUUUACUAUAAAAAAUAUUAUUAUUUAAAAUUUUAAGAAAAUAUGUAAUUAAUUUGUUAAACUGCCCCGUUCACCCGUUCGUCACAAACUUCCGCAGUGCGUCAAGAAGCAUCAUCUACCGUGAGUGUGUGCUUUUGCCUUCGGAAGCUUCCACUAUCAGCGUACCGCGAUCGUGUGUCCGCUGACUAUAUGGUACUGUUCGCUCUCGCGCUUCUGUUGUGUGUUUGCGUGCGAUCAGCCACAAGCCGGGAGUUAUGCCGCUUUAUCGGCAACAUUCCAUUCCUACGCGCCGCAGUACCGAAUCCCGCGUUCACUAUUCCGGAUGCACAGUUCCGUAACGUUAUUGUUAUUUGGCGUACCAAAAAAAAACAGUGAACAAAAGUGACCAAUUGCAUCAACAAACCAAAAACAAAACAAACAUACGUGCAACGUGGUCGGUGCGCGUCAGCUGAUCCGGUGCAGGGACGGUAUGUGUGUGCGUGCGCCAUUUGUGACCAUUGAAUACCUAUGACAUGCGUUAUCAGCACCGAAAAGGUGAGCUCAACAUAGAAUAAAAACACACCUGAAGAAUGUGAUUGUGGCUGUGUUCGAUGGCGGGUAGUUGUUGUGUUUGUGUACCACGCGUAGAUGCACGAGGACAGACAGGUGUGGAGAAACAGUUUCAAAUGUGAA